GAGAGAGAGAGAGAGAGAGAGAGAGAGAGAGUCACACCCUUGAGCAAAGGAGAGAGUAAAGACAGUCCAAACCGAGCGCUUCACUUCAUUACGCACAGGGAAAUCACGCAGAACACAGUCCACGCCCGCGAUACCGAGCACACACACCGAGAGCUGUGAAGGGACGGGAUUUAAGGAAUUACGCGUCACGUUGGAGAAUCGAUCGGGUCUAAAGUGAGUUUCUGAGGAUUUGGUGCGUCUGGAGAGCUGUGAGGAUGCGCGUCUCGGUCCUGCUGCUGCUCUGCGCUCUUUACGCAGGACACGCGCACAAACUCUCCGCGCUCACGUUUCUGCAUGUGGAGCAAGAUAAAGAAUGCAAUAUGGAUUGUUCCGGAGCUCCUCGCAAGCCUCUGUGCGCAUCAGAUGGACGGACCUUCAGUUCCCGCUGCGAGUUUCUCCGUGCAAAGUGCCGUGACCCUCAGCUGGAAGUCAUACGAGGGCCAUGCAAAGAUACGUCCAGGUGUGUAGCAGAGAAGAAAUACACAGAACAGCAAGCCAAGAAACUCUUCCCACAGGUAUUCGUUCCUGUCUGCAAUCCUGACGGAACCUACAGCGAGGUUCAGUGCCACAGCUACACUGGAUAUUGUUGGUGUGUGACACCCAGUGGCAGACCCAUCAGCGGCUCAGCAGUGGCCAAUAAGAAACCUCAAUGCCAAGGGUCCAAGAACGGUAAAGUAAAUCCGAAAGAACCAGGAAAAUCAGUUUCCUUGCAAAUCUUUUCCAUUCUAAAUGCAGAUCCGCCAACGUUUCUCGCAGUGGAAACCCAGCCGUCCGCUGAUGAGGAAGACAUCAUCUCUCAGUACCCCACACUCUGGACAGAACAGGUCCGCAGCCGACAAAACAGGACAAGAACACAAACGACCUCAUGUGAUCAGGAGCAGCUGUCAGCACAGGAAGAAGCAAGACAACAUAAAAAUGAAGCAGUUUUUGUGCCGGAUUGUGCUCACGGUGGCUUUUACAAACCCGUUCAGUGCCAUCCGUCCACCGGGUACUGCUGGUGUGUCCUGGUGGACACUGGACGACCCAUACCUGGAACAUCCACACGAUUUGAACAGCCAAAAUGUGAUGGAAACGCCAGAGCCCAUCCAAACAAACCAAAGGACCAUUACAGGAGCAGACACCUGCAGGGAUGUCCCGGGGAGAAGAAGACCGAAUUCCUGACCAGCGUGUUGGACGCGUUGUCCACAGACAUGGUCCAUGCAGUAACUGACCCGGCCUCUGCCGGCAGGAUGUUGGAGCCUGACCCCAGUCAUACUCUGGAAGAGCGAGUUGUGCACUGGUAUUUCAGUCAGCUUGACAAGAAUUCCAGCGGCGAUAUUGAAAAGAAAGAAAUCAAACCAUUCAAGCGCUUACUGCGCAAGAAAUCCAAACCCAAGAAGUGUGUGAAGAAGUUUGUGGAGUACUGCGACAUCAGCAACGAUAAAGCCCUGUCUCUACAGGAACUGAUGGGCUGUCUGGGUGUCACUAAGGAAGAGGGGGCAAAAACAGGUGAAGGCACAACAUCUAGUAAACUGAACCUGUCAAAGAAGCAAGGCUGAAGUGGCCACUGCCAUUGUUCCCGCUCCCAUCCCGUCCCGUCCCGUCCCGCAGAUCCUGCCCCCACCAAAACGACGAUGGAAACCAUAGUCUUUGCACUUUGUACUUUAAAACAAUGUAAAUUCACUUUGUAGAAAAAUAAGGUAUUUAAACAGACUGCUGAAUAUGUGAAUGAUGUAGUUAACAUUUUUAUGUCCUUACAACAAACAACAAAAAUAAUAAUAAUAAUUUAACACAUACAAUGUAUGUGUCCUUUGUGAGUCUAAAAUAAGUAUACUUUUCUAAGUUGUAUUACAUGUUGCAUUUGUCAAGGCCAUUAUUAUUUGUAACGUAUUUUGUUUGUCUUUUCUUUGGCUAAUUUCUGGGUAGCUUGUAAUGCAUCUAAACUGAGUUUUUUUAGACACCUCGAUUUAGUUUUUAUACCAAAUCCCAACUACUGCUUGAGCUUUGAAUUAUUACUGAUUGUAGUCCUGUACCACACAUGAAAUGGUAGACAGAUCAUUUUGUUGAAAGUGCUUCAUGAUGAAUAGAAAUAA